AUGGGUGACGAGGAUGACACAGAGGAUAACUCUAAUACCAGUAAUGUAUCUCAACAGUCUUACCUAGCUGUAUGUAGAGAAUUAAAGCUUACACCAAUAAAACAUAUAUACAAUGGUCUAGCUACCAAACAAAUUGUUCUUAAGAAUCAAAGACUAACUCUAAAAGACACACGAGCAUGUACCAUAUCAUUAGUCAAAAAUGUGAAUGUAGAAUCGUUAUGUUUAGAUGCGAAUGAACUGGGAUGUAGAGGUGCAAAAUUAACCAAUAAUUUAUUGGGUUCCCGUGGAGCUCAGACAUUAUGUGAGGAAUUGGUGAAUAAUACUAUAAUACGUACCAUUGAUCUCUCAGGUAAUGAUUUUACUGAAGACGAUGCUGUAUAUUUUAAAGAACUAUUGGAGGAAAAUAAUUCCAUUAGUGAAAUGAAUUUAAGUCAUAAUAAUUUCCAGGAAAUAGGAGGGAAAAUUAUUGCCGAAGGCUUAGUGAAGAAUGAUUUUCUAAAAGUGCUAGAUUUAAGUUGGAACCAUCUACGAAUGGCAGGUGCUAUAGCCUUGGGUGCAACAUUUAAGGAGAAUUCAACGUUAGAAGUGUUACGAGUCGGUUGGAAUGGUUUUCAUCUGAGAGGAUGUAUAGCUUUAGGUCAAUCUCUAUCAGAAAACAAUACAUUAAUAGAACUAGAUUUGACCUGUAACAGAAUAACAGAUUUAUGCCUAGGCCAAUUAUUGAAGGCGUUUCAUAACAAUAACACAUUAAAAACUCUCAAGCUACCACUAAAUCAAAUAUCACCUAGAGGAGGAGAGAUCAUCAUCAAACUGAUAGAAAAACACAGUUCAUUGGCUCUAGAACUCGUUGAUCUAGGGAAUCAAAGUGUUCUGGAGAGCUUCCCUGUUCAGGCUGCCGAGUUAAAAGAAAAGAGAGGCAUAGAGUUCAUUCACGGGCCUAUUCUAAGGAAGGGAAUUAGUUUUGAUAGUCAAGUCCAGGAAGAAAAGUCGGAUUCUCUGGAUACGGAGGACCCUUUUCUAGUUUUAAUGGUGUAUAUGAGAUUACAGAAUCUACGUUUAUUAGAAUUGUUCAGUAAUAUGGAUAGAGAUGCCAGUAAAAGCGUUACUAGGACAGAAUUUAAACAAGGCAUGAUGAAAGUAAAUAUUCCAUUGAGUGACUGGCAAUUAGACAAAUUAAUUAGUAAAUUAGAUAAUGAUCGUGAUGGUGAUGUGGAUUUCAGUGAAUUGGUACAGGGUCAAAAAGAUUACAAGGCAGAAACGUAUGAGAAGGGAGUGGUUGAAGGCGAAGAGACGGAUAUACAAAGGGUUAGCAGAAAAAUUGAAGCUUUAAUGAAGAAACGUUUCUUAAUGAGGAAAUUUUAAAUCCAGUUUGGGAAUAUUUGUUUUUCAUAUACCAUAAUGAAUAACUGAUAAUUCCCCAUCUCUAAAUAAAUAUGUCUUUUAUAUAAGACAAUAUUAUCAGAA